CACGGAUUCUGAUCAAUUUAAACCUGUAGUAUGAAGUUCAAGUCUGGUUUUAACAACCUUGUUCAUUACUGGAAAGUUGAAGGAAGACUUUGAAGCUGGUUGUCAUUGUCUUGAAGUUAAAAUUCGCGUUAAAUCUGGGAUUAUAGUUUAGUGUAUGUUCGAAGAGCUUUAAUGGCACCAAUUUUGCCAAAGGCACAGCAACUUUACAAGCCCUUUGUAGGAGAAAACAAUAAUCGCAAGAAGCGUGGUAAGAAAUUUAGUUCUUAUAUCAGUUAACCGCUUCUAUAUAAUCCAUUGCAAUUGCUACUGUUCAUUUUUCUUCGGUAAUAAAACUUUGAUUUCGAAGUUCUCUGCCGAUUAAAAUUUUGUCGAAGACCGGACAGCGGGAGAGAUGUGAAAUCCGCUUAAUGAUUUACUAAAGGAAAAUAGAGGAUAAUUUUUCUUUUACGGUUCAGAUAGGGAUGAUAAAUGUAGGGAUAUUUUGCUAAAACCAAGUUCGACAAAUUAAGUCUAAAAAUUCUAAAUGUAUUCAAGAGACGUGCUGAAUUUAACGAUAACAGCGGAUAUCAAAAUCGCAACAGCCAGGAUGUAAAUAUAGAAUAUAUAUUUUGUUUGUCAAAUCUAACUGCCGUUUGCACACCUUGAAAAACUGCUAAAGGCCUAUUUUAAGCAAAUUCGCCAGUUUUUAAGUAAUUCACCAGCCGCCAAUAAGACUGAAACGAAAGUUCUGGCAGAUUAAGAUACCACCAUAUAAUCUCCGGCUUGUGUAUACUGCUUUUUUAUCGUAUUCAGAUGUAACAUUGCUCAGGUGUAAUCGUGUUAUGGGUUAAUUCCAUAAGAUAAGCUUUUUAAGGAGUCAUUGCCGAUAUUUUUAACCUUGUUUCUUCUUACUCAUUUUGUUUUUUGUUGUUGUCGUUGUUGUUCUCUUAUCGCUACAUUUAGUGAUUUCCUUAGUACAUUCUCAGAUGCUUUUAUUACGCUUGAGAUUCAGUUAAGUGACGUCACUUUUAAACCAUGCAUGGCUCAAGAAGAUUAAGGCAUGGUGCUGUAUCACUUGUUAUUCUUAAGCAGAUUUUCCAGAAAUCAAAAUUUAAGGAGAAAGCGAAUGGUAAACUUAAAAUAGAACACUAGAAAAAGAAUCUCAAAUUACACCAUCACGUGAUCGGCCAGGACCUCUAUUGUUUGAAAACUGCAGUUAUAAAAGCCCCGUGCGAACGGACGCAACAUUGUUGGCCAACAACUCCCAACAUUCUUGGAUGUUGCAUGUUGCGUCAGUUUGCACACCCUGUUACAUUUUGUUGCGUGUUGUUGAGAGUCGGUUGCGCAAAGUUUGAAACCAGUGCAAACUGACGCAAUAACUCCUAAGACUGUUGCGUCCGUUUGCACGAGGCUUAACGAUUUCCACCCCUUGCUAAAUGUGCAACUUCAGUCUCUUGGUAUCAAAAGAAUGAAACUAACAGGAAAAUCAGCUCCGGGAGGAAACCUUGCAAUUUUAAAGUGCAACGAAUUGUUGUCAUUGACUAGUGCCAGUCCACGGUGAGUCUGAGACGUAAUUCAUCCUAGCAACGGGUUGCACGUAACUCGAUAACAGCCAUGAAUUUACGGUAAAAUCGAAGCUGAGGCUAAGCGCAGGAGAAAUGAUUAUGAGCCAAUGACAGUUGAUUUGCUUCAGUCUCUCUUAAAGCAUAAACAUGGUAAAACAAAACCAACUUUAUUAUCUUAUUCCACCGAACAAACUCUCCUCUGCAAAUACUUAACACUCACAAUGUGUUUAUCUGUUUAUUUCAGAUUUUGAUCCCCGAAGUAAACCACAAUCAUCCAGUUAUGUAACCCGCUUUGCAUCCAAUAACACAGGAUUACUAUGCCUGCUGGGAAUUCUUAUUUUCCCUGUUCUUCUGGGCUUUGCUAUCGGUUAUGGAUUUAUAGUUCUCGGUGUCAGCGCUUACAAACGAAUGACGAAGGAAAAGUCAAAAACAGACGCUGAAAAAGAAGCGCAAAAAAUCCAAGUAGUGCUGGGAGAAAGGCUUGUUCACUCCUCGUUUCCACAAACCGUUUCCUUGAAUGUUCAAGAAACGAAAAAUCGAGGUUUUUCUGGCCCAGCUCAAGCGAGAUAUUACUACCACAGAUUAUGUAAUUUUACUAGUGAGGCCAUAAAUGGCGAUGUCAAGACCAACUAUGAUGAUAGUUCCAUAUCCGAAGAUGAUACUGAGAACAGGUCACGUGAGAAAUCAACAAUUGACUCCCCGGAUGUUGACGAAACCGACUCAAGUACGCAUGCGUCACUUGAGGAUAAUUUGGAUAAAUCGGAAGAUGAAGUAGAAAGAGAAGAGAAGGGAGUAAAAAACGAGAAAGAUUCUGGCAUUUCUGGUGAAGAGAAUAGCCCCGCAAAAAGAAAGAAAGAAAACAAACAGGAUACUCCAGAAAAACAAGGGCAUGACAGCUCAAAAGAGAUAGAUCUCAAAGAGUUUGGCUUAAUAUCAGAGAAUAAACCACCAUCGCCUAGUGAUACAGAAGGUCGCCGGGGAAGAAUCCGCUUUGCACUUCAUUAUAACGUCUUAAAAAAUGAACUACAAGUGAAUAUUAUCAAAGCAACCAACCUUCCAAUUACAGACAAUAAAGAGGGUAUCAAUCCCAUGGUGAAAUUAUCAUUGCUUCCUCAGCAGUACUGUUGGCAGCGAACAAAGGUCAUCGAGGGGACUCCGGAUCCUGUUUUUAACGAAACGUUUGUUAUUUCGGGUUUUUCAAAGGACAGAAUCAAAGAGUACGAACUGAAGUUCAGAAUUGUCAAUUUUCACGACACAUUCAAAGAGCGUUAUGGUGAUGAUAUCAUUGGAGAGAUUCUGUUCCCCUUGUCAGAGCUGAAGUUGAUUGAGAACAGUCCUUCCUUUUCGAUCACCAAGUGGUUGAACCUCAAUCCUCCAGUUCCUUUAGGGGUAAGAGGCUGGCGUUAUUAAGGGAAAUGGGACGUUCAGGCGAUGUUGUAUCGCAAUGCAGCAUACAAGCUUUCUGUUAAAUCCGGAAAGCUCAAGAAAAAGGGUAGACCUGAACGUUGGGGGUCUGGGACCAAAAUAGCUUAUAGAGGAGAGGUCUGGGAUCAAGAUUAGUUUUUGACAUCGGGUGGGGGAGGAGUAGGGAGGGUCGAAGACCAACAGUGGCACUGGGAGGGAUAGCCCUAAUAUCAAUACAGUUUGUGCCAUUUUAGUGACCACAAUUUCUUCAUCUCUGGCUUCCCCUUCCCAAUUUUGGUGUAAUUUUGUCCCUGUUCCUGCCCUGCUAAAAACUGCCAGGUUUCUGCAUCCAGUAUGUGUAACAUUUGACUCAUGAAAAUUAAUCAGAAUGGCUAAUACGACCUAAUAAGACUGCACCUCUUUCAUGCCACCAAAUUUUCAUGUUCUGACGGUAGUUGUAUUAUCGUCGUAUAAUGAGUUCCACCUUAUUUUAUAUUUUACGUGUUUGAUCCCGGGUGUUGAUCCGAUUUCUAACAGUUAAAUAAUGAUUUAAACUAAAAUUGUACAGAGGUAUUAAGUAGCAGGCGCAUACUCUUUUUCGGGCCCUAUUUUCUUCAUUCGCCUACUACACAUAUUAGGGCUACGUAGGGCUAAUCAAAAUGCACAGAGUAAUUUACAGGUAUUUCUUUACAGUCCAAAGGGAAAAUGUUUUAAGAGUAAAACUCCUAAUCUAGUCAAUGUGCAUUGUUGAUAUGAAAAUUUUAAGUCCCCAGACGGCUUCGUUAUCCCUUUAUUUUUGCAGACGGAAGCUGGAGACUUGGGUGAACUUUGUGUAUCUUUGUGUUUUCGUCCAAUCAGCGGUCGCCUUAUCAUAACUAUCACAAAAAUUCGUGGAUUGCCAAAGGCAACAGUCGACCGGAAAUUCUCAGAUGCUUUUAUUACGCUUGAGAUUCAGUUAAGUGACGUCACUUUUAAACCAUGCAUGGCUCAAGAAGAUUAAGGCAUGGUGCUGUAUCACUUGUUAUUCUUAAGCAGAUUUUCCAGAAAUCAAAGUUUAAGGAGAAAGCGAAUGGUAAACUCAAAAUAGAACACUAGAAAAAGAAUCUCAAAUUACACCAUCACGUGAUCGGCCACGACCUCUAUUGUUUGAAAACUGCAGUUAUAAAAGCCCCGUGCGAACGGACGCAACAUUGUUGGCCAACAACUCCCAACAUUCUUGGAUGUUGCAUGUUGCGUGAGUUUGGACACCCUGUUACAUUUUGUUGCGUGUUGUUGAGAGUUGGUUGCGCAAAGUUUGAAACCAGUGCAAACUGACGCAACAUCUCUCAACAAUGUUGCGUCCGUUUGCACGGGGCUUAACGAUUUUUACCUCUUGCUAAAUUGCAAACUGAAACUAAAAAAAAUCAGCUCCGGGAGGAAACCUUACAAUUCUUAAGUGCAAUUGUUGUCAUUGACUAGAGCCAGUCCAUGGUGCGUCUAAGACUGACGUAAUUUUUUCUCGGAACAGUUGCAAGUAACUCGAUAACGGCCAUGAAUGUGGAAAAAUGAUUAUGAACCAAUGACAGUUGUCUUAUGUUAAACAAACAAAAUUUGUUUCUGUCUCUCUUAAAGUAUAAACAUGCUAAAACAAAAUCUCCUCUGCAAAUACUUAACACUCACAAUGUGUUUAUCUGUUUAUUUCAGAUUUUGAUCCCCGAAGUAAACCACAAUCAUCCAGUUAUGUAACCCGCUUUGCAUCCAAUAACACAGGAUUACUAUGCUUGCUGGGAAUUCUUAUUUUCCCUGUUCUUCUGGGCUUUGCUAUCGGUUAUGGAUUUAUAGUUCUCGGUGUCAGCGCUUACAAACGAAUGACGAAGGAAAAGUCAAAAACAGACGCUGAAAAAGAAGCGGAAAAAAUCCAAGUAGUGCUGGGAGAAAGGCUUGUUGACUCCUCGUUUCCAAAAACCGUUUCCUUGAAUGUUCAAGAAACGAAAAAUCGAGGUUUUUCUGGCCCAGCUCAAGCGAGAUAUUACUACCACAGAUUAUGUAAUUUUACUAGUGAGGCCAUAAAUGGCGAUGUCAAGACCAACUAUGAUGAUAGUUCCAUAUCCGAAGAUGAUACUGAGAACAGGUCACGUGAGAAAUCAACAAUUGACUCCCCGGAUGUUGAGGAAACCGACUCAAGUACGCAUGCGUCACUUGAGGAUAAUCUGGAUAAAUCGGAAGAUGAAGUAGAUAGAGAAGAGAAGGGAGUAAAAAACGAGAAGGAUUCUGGCAUUUCUGGUGAAGAGAAUAGCCCCGCAAAAAGAAAGAAAGAAAACAAACAGGCAACUCCAGAAAAACAAGGGCAUGACAGCUCAAAAGAGAUAGAUCUCAAAGAGUUUGGCUUAAUAUCAGAGAAUAAACCACCAUCGCCUAGUGAUACAGAAGGUCGCCGGGGAAGAAUCCGCUUUGCACUUCAUUAUAACGUCUUAAAAAAUGAACUACAAGUGAAUAUUAUCAAAGCAACCAACCUUCCAAUUACAGACAAUAAAGAGGGUAUCAAUCCCAUGGUGAAAUUAUCAUUGCUUCCUCAGCAGUUCUGUUGGCAGCGAACAAAGGUCAUCGAGGGGACUCCGGAUCCUGUAUUUAACGAAACCUUUGUUAUUUCGGGUUUUUCAAAGGACAGAAUCAAAGAGUACGAACUGAAGUUCAGAAUUGUCAAUUUUCACGACACAUUCAAAGAGCGUUAUGGUGAUGAUAUCAUUGGAGAGAUUCUGUUCCCCUUGUCAGAGCUGAAGUUGAUUGAGAACAGUCCUUCCUUUUCGAUCACCAAGUGGUUGAACCUCAAUCCUCCAGUUCCUUUAGGGGUAAGAGGCUGGCGUUAUUAAGGGAAAUGGGACGUUCAGGCGAUGUUGUAUCGCAAUGCAGCAUACAAGCUUUCUGUUAAAUCCGGAAAGCUCAAGAAAAAGGGUAGACCUGAACGUUGGGGGUCUGGGACCAAAAUAGCUUAUAGAGGAGAGGUCUGGGAUCAAGAUUAGUUUUUGACAUCGGGUGGGGGAGGAGUAGGGAGGGUCGAAGACCAACAGUGGCACUGGGAGGGAUAGCCCUAAUAUCAAUACAGUUUGUGCCAUUUUAGUGACCACAAUUUCUUCAUCUCUGGCUUCCCCUUCCCAAUUUUGGUGUAAUUUUGUCCCUGUUCCUGCCCUGCUAAAAACUGCCAGGUUUCUGCAUCCAGUAUGUGUAACAUUUGACUCAUGAAAAUUAAUCAGAAUGGCUAAUACGACCUAAUAAGACUGCACCUCUUUCAUGCCACCAAAUUUUCAUGUUCUGACGGUAGUUGUAUUAUCGUCGUAUAAUGAGUUCCACCUUAUUUUAUAUUUUACGUGUUUGAUCCCGGGUGUUGAUCCGAUUUCUAACAGUUAAAUAAUGAUUUAAACUAAAAUUGUACAGAGGUAUUAAGUAGCAGGCGCAUACUCUUUUUCGGGCCCUAUUUUCUUCAUUCGCCUACUACACAUAUUAGGGCUACGUAGGGCUAAUCAAAAUGCACAGAGUAAUUUACAGGUAUUUCUUUACAGUCCAAAGGGAAAAUGUUUUAAGAGUAAAACUCCUAAUCUAGUCAAUGUGCAUUGUUGAUAUGAAAAUUUUAAGUCCCCAGACGGCUUCGUUAUCCCUUUAUUUUUGCAGACGGAAGCUGGAGACUUGGGUGAACUUUGUGUAUCUUUGUGUUUUCGUCCAAUCAGCGGUCGCCUUAUCAUAACUAUCACAAAAAUUCGUGGAUUGCCAAAGGCAACAGUCGACCGGACAGGUAAAUAAACGCUGGCAGCAACAUUUGAUCUAAUUCCAAGUUUUUUUUCCACGUGUUGUCUUGCAAUUAAGGAACAAAAUAAUGUUGCCAACUAGAUAUUCUAUGGUCAUCUAUGCCUCCAUCAUGAACCUUGUCCCCUGGGCAGGAGGUCCAGGGGCCCGUUUCUCGAAAAUCCCGGUAAUUUUACGGGCCCGAAAUCAAAUAUUCAAAUCGAAAUAUAAAGAAUAAGAGCGCCGGUCCUGGCCAGCAAACUACUCCAUUUUGUUUCAUUAACUGACAGUUUUAUCAUGUUAGAUGCAAAACUAUUGAAACCUCGAUCUUUAAUGUAAACGGAGACAGCUUACUGGGCCCGUUAAUUAUCGGGACUUUCGAGAAACGGGCCCCAGGGCUUUUCCCUUAAAAAAUGGGAAGGGCGGGAAAACGCCUGUAGACGAGGUUGUCUAUGCUCCCUGGUUAUAUUUCUAAUACCAUAUGUGUUUUCCUACAGUUAUCUGUAUGAGCCUUGCACCCCAGAGGGUCAAUCGGCUUCUAAUGCUUCAACACUCAGUAUGGUAGUCUGUUGUCUAGAUAGAGGCUCACAGCUGUCCACUUUAAAUUUUUUGCAAACGCAAUUAAUUUCGCUAGACAUUUCAGUGAUCUUAUCCGCCGCCGGUGCAAAUCCUACUUUGCUCUGAUUGGCCGAAAGAUUCUUUUUGUGAAAGAUGGAUCUAUGAACACUGCCUGAAAAUUUAACACGCUGCAUUUCAACGGUUAUAAGGGAUUCACGCUCUAGGGUAAUAGUUUACUGCAAACUAGUAAAAACUUUCACUUAUUUUUGUUUUAUUUUAUCCCUAGACCCGUACGUCAAGCUUGCUCUGUAUUGCGACGGUGUGCGCAUGUCUAAAGCGAACACGCGCGUCAAGCGGAGGAGCCUCAAUCCCGUGUACAAUGAGAAAUUCAACUUCAAUGUUUCCGCUGACCUGAUUUCCCUCACUACCGUUGUGCUCAAGAUUGUUAAUCAUACAGAGAUCAACGUUGGAGGAGGAAGUCUUGGAACAGUAAUUCUUGGGUUUGAUUCAUUUGGAUCUGGACAGGAACAGUGGAAAUCGAUGAUCGAAUCUCCAAGCAGGCACAUUGAGAAAUGGCACAAACUACACAGAGAUCUUUAUUAACUUUUGUGUUUAUCAUUGAAACAUGGGUUGCUUUUAGGUGGUUUUCUACAGCCCCCAGAGAAAAACGUAUCUGUUCAGGGAAAAAAACUGAAGAUUUUUUUUCUCCAACCAUCCUGUUCGAUGGCGUUAAUUAAAAAAUUNGCGCAUGUCUAAAGCGAACACGCGCGUCAAGCGGAGGAGCCUCAAUCCCGUGUACAAUGAGAAAUUCAACUUCAAUGUUUCCGCUGACCUGAUUUCCCUCACUACCGUUGUGCUCAAGAUUGUUAAUCAUACGGAGAUCAACGUUGGAGGAGGAAGUCUUGGAACAGUAAUUCUUGGGUUUGAUUCAUUUGGAUCUGGACAGGAACAGUGGAAAUCGAUGAUCGAAUCUCCAAGCAGGCACAUUGAGAAAUGGCACAAACUACACAGAGAUCUUUAUUAACUUUUGUGUUUAUCAUUGAAACAUGGGUUGCUUUUAGAUGGUUUUCUACAGCCCCCAGAGAAAAACGUAUCUGUUCAGGGAAAAAAACUGAAGAUUUUUUUUCUCCAACCAUCCUGUUCGAUGGCGUUAAUUAAAAAAUUACACACUCUAUAAACUAGAGGGGUACAAGCUUUCGGCAC